GCAGCAAAUUCUUAUUUAAAUAAUGCUAUAUAUGUAUGAAGAGCAAAGUGUUCAGAGGAGCUCGGUGUCUACAUUAUCAUCGGUCGUUGAGCUAUGACGCCAACCCAGCUCGUAUAAAAAGACACAACGCACUUCUAAAUUUUGAUUAGAUACUCGUACACUCAGUGCGGUCGCAGAUCGAGAGCAACAAAACAAUAUGGAUGCACCAGAGUGGUUGACUGAGAAUUAUAUGCUGGAAGCAUUACGCGUCCAUCACGAAGACCCCGGUCUUCAGCUACAUUCUAUGCAUGUGCAGCCGGCAAUGGCAAGGGGCGAAAACUACGGUGGCGUACUGACUCGCAUCAGAGCACAGUACCUACUCAACAACAGUAAGCAGAGACUAGAAAGGAGCUUUAUCGUGAAGACAUCUUUCGAGGAGGAUCCCAUUGCCAGCGCCAUAAUGGCGCCCUAUGACAUCUUUAAUCGUGAAAUGCGUAUUUACGAGGAGGUGUUGCCUAAACUAAACAGAUUGCUUCGCGAGAUCGACGAUACGGACCAACUCUUUGCAACGGCCAUACAUGUGGACUACAAACGCCAAUUGCUGAUUUUCGAGGACCUUAGUGAGCGGGGCUACGUGAUGGCCAGUCGCUUGCAAGGCCUCGACAUCACCCAUGUCAAGUUGAUCUUGCGUAAGCUCGCCAAAAUGCAUGCCACGUCGGCAGUACUCAAUGAGCGGCAGAACGGCUGUCUGGAAACGUACGAUCGCGGCUUCUUCAACCGUUACACAGACAACUACAGUCCGUAUUUCGUCGGAUCUCUGCUUGCAUGUGCCGAGUACAUUCUGAAGAAUAUGCCCGACCGUGCGUACUACGGCCAUAAAUUGAACGCGCUAGCGCCCCACUAUAUGGAAAUUGGUAAACGCUGUUUCGCGCCAACUGCGGGACAUAUUAAUGUAUUGGCACAUGGCGACCUCUGGGUCAACAAUGUCAUGUUCAAAUAUGAUCCGAGGACAAGCGAGCCCGUCGAUGUGCUUCUCAUCGACUUUCAAUACACUUUCUGGGGCUCACCGACGCUGGAUCUGCAUCACCUUUUCAACACCUCACUGCAGGAGCCACUACGACUACAUAAACAGGAUGUGCUGUUCCAGUAUUACCAUGGUAUUUUUAGUGAUGUCCUGCAGAGGCUGAACUAUAGUACACAUCCAGUGCCCUCGUUGAACCUCUUCCGGCAGCAGGUGGAGCAGAAACGAUUUUUCGCAUUCCAUUCUUCCUGUGUCGUACAGCCGGUAAUGAUCAGUGAAGACACAAAGGAUGCCGAUUUUAAUUCGCUGAUGGGCGAGGACGAGCGUGCACUGAAGUUCAAAUAUAAUGCCUACUGCAACAAACAGGUGCAUAAGAAUCUCAUAAAUUUGCUGCCAUUGUUCGACCGACGAGGACUUUUGGAGGCAAAUCAGGCGGAUUGAUCAGGAUGCGGUGGGGUGGUCCGAUUUUUGUUUAAUGGAGUCCCAUCAAAAAUGGAACACAUGACAGGCUUUACGUUUAUAUGUCAAUUUUCAAAGAAAUGCAAUAUGUAGUAAUUUUUCAAAUUUAUUUCGGACUGGUCCACUGCCAGAUUUUAAAUAAGCAUUUAUAAAUAUCUAACGGAACAAGUUGUUAGCGAAAUUAAAAAAAAAAGAAAAAAAUUAUAAUUUUGAAUUUAUCAGAGAUUAUGACUUUUACCAGGAUAACACAGGAUAACAAUACUCAAACGAAACACUAAGUUGUUUUGUCAGAAGUUCACUGAUACAUAGUAUGUCUGUAUAGUAUGCGUGUAUGUAUGUAUGUAUCUUUGUGCAAAGGUAAAAAUGCGAGUUCGCUUUUGUUAAUUUGUCCAUUCAGAAAUAUGGGUGUAUGUCUUUAGGGCAGCUGUAAAUUUUUGGAUUUAUUUG